AUGUCGUCCUACUCGCCAACACAGUACUACUCCGGCACCCUGCCGAUGCCGGUCCCGCACAAGGGCCAGUACCAGGGCUACUACCACCCGGACAGCACCUACUCAGUCUCGCCUCCGGAGGCUGAUCACUCGGUGAGCUCCGGCUCUGGCGUAGCAUCCUACAGCACGCCGGGCUACUCUGCCACUACCAGCUACGCCGGCAGCACCCACGGCGAAUACGACUCAGAGCGCUCCGCCAGCGGCGUUGACUUCAACGAGUACAUGCACGAGCAUCUCGCCCAGUCUUUCGACCCCCUCGGCCUGGACAAGGCCAUGGCCACGCAGGCGCAGACAUCCGGCCGCCUCAACGACAAGCACCGCCAGCUGCUGGACUUGCAGAAGCAGGCGCAGGCGCGGCUUGCGAGGUCGCGGGCGCGAUUUGCCGAGGGCAUGGACGACGCGCGUGAGGUGCGCCAGAACCUGGAGUGGACGCAGAAGAAGGUCUCAUCACUGAAGACGAAGGCGUCGAAAAAGCACUCCAAGGAGUACAGCAAGGCGCGCGCGAGGCACCCUUCUCCCGAAUACUAG